AUGCGCGUCUCGUACCCCACAAACUCUCAUAUCCGCGCUUGGCAACGUACCUCCCGGUUUACGCAACAUUGCUACCGCGUAGCCCGGCUUGUCUAUUCGUUGGUGAUCGUUACGCCGCAGAUACCCCUUGUAUUUCUCUCUUUCUUAUUCUCACUUUCUUACUAUGGUCGUCCGCAUUGGUCCUUCACAUAUCGUGCUUCUCUCCUCAUCGGCUCCCACUUAGCUUGGUCUUUAAAUCCUGGUACCCAACCCCUUAAAGAUGUCCUCUCUUUUUCCGCCCGCUGUUCCAUCCCCAAACUCACCGACGAUCAAAAUGUACAAUUGGAAGUCAUACCGCCAGUAGAUGAACACUGGCUAAAGGGCGAUGCAUCACAUGCGAUCAUCAAACCAGAAAGCUGUCCAUGUUUCUGGCAAUGGACACGGAAUCUUUCGUCUCCUAUUGGCGACACCUCUUCCCCCGUAUCUCAAAGAAAAAUCAUGAUGUAUUUCGUAGGUGGCGGAAUGGUCCAAGGUCAUCCCCUUACAUCUGCUAUUCCCUGGCGCGUCAUCCAGAAAACCAAUAUCCCCAUCUUCGGCGUCAAUUUCCGUAAAUGCGUAACUACCAAAACGGCAUUUCCAGCAGCCUUACAAGAUGCAUUGUCGGCAUUUUAUUUCCUCCUCGAGAUGGGAUAUCGUCAGGAGAAUAUUUCGAUUAUGGGAGAUUCGGGAGGUGCGGGGAUUGUGGUUACGCUCUUGUUGUAUCUUAAUAGAUAUCGUUUUCCCAUGCCGGAAAAUGCGGUGUUGAUUUCUCCAUUUGUGGAUUUGACGUCGAGGUUUGAUGGGAAGGGGGUGGGAGAGGAAGAGGAGGGGACUUUGAUAGAGCUGGAUUUUAUGAAUAGUGAAAUGCUCGCAAUGGCGGGGUAUCAGUACUGUGAAAAUAGACCGGAGUUGAGGGGCACACUUUUGAGUCCAGCGAGGGGAAGGUUGCCGGAAGGGUAUAAAUUUGAGGGACUGUGUAGGUGUAUGGUUGUUUGGGGAGAUGCGGAGGUUUUUGGUCUAGGUAUACGAAAACUCGUCAAUCAUCUACGUCAAGCGGGUGUUAAGGUAGAAGCGGUGGUUGGAAAAGAUGAAGUUCAUGACUUCCCGAUUUUCUCGAAAGCUGAUGGGUCGAACGAGUUCUUCGGGCGAGUAGGAAGGUUUCUGGAAGGAGAUGGAAUUUAUGAUUGA